AUGGCGUUCGAGGUCGCCGGCGACGGCCGCAUCUGGCUGCCCGUCCCCAUCUCCCUGCUCCUCCUCUCCGCGUCUCCCGCCAACGCGUCCGGAGCGGCCUCCCCGCUCCUGGCAGGCCCCGUUGCUGGCCUCGUGCUGGACCUCAUCCUCGUCGGCCUCGUCAAGGUCGCCGUCCGCCGCCCGCGCCCGGCCUACAACGCCAAGGACAUGUACGUCGCCGUCGCCGCCGACCACUGGUCUUUCCCCAGCGGCCACUCCUCCCGCGCCUUCCUCGUCGCUUCCUUCCUCGCCGCCGGCGGCUUCCGUCCCCGUGAGGCGCUGUUCCUCUGGGCCACCGCGACGUCGGCGUCCAGGGUGCUCCUUGGCCGGCACUACGUCCUCGACGUUGUCGCUGGGGCGUGCCUCGGCGUGUUCGAGGCCUGGCUCAGCAACUUGCUCUUGGGAUUCAUGUGCGCUCAAAGCACCUUCCUUAUUCUUGGUUGUCGAGAGGAAAGGAUAGAGAAAGCGGGGCACUCAAUUUCCCCUCCUGAUCCUUGUUUCUUGAUCGCCGCCAUGAGUAACACGCUGCUUCGGGUCCACCCUUCCGACUUGAAGAUGCCAUUCGAGCCUAAGAAGCACAAUUCAGCAUGUCUUGAGCUCAUCAACAAGACCGAUCAGUGGGUGGCUUUCAAGGUCAAGACGACGAACCCAAGGAAGUACGCGGUGCGGCCUGCCUCCGGUGUCGUUCCGCCCAGGGGAUCCUGCAGCAUCACAAUUACGAUGCAAGCGCCCAAGGAGAUCCCCCCGGAUUACCACUGCAAGGACAAGUUUCUUGUUCAGAGCAUUGCCGCGGAGGAGGGGACGACGCAGAAGGACAUUGUCCCUGGCAUGUUCAGUAAAGCACCAGGCAAGUUAGUUGAGGAGUUCAAGGUGAGGGUGGUCUAUGUCCCUGCCAAUCCUCCCUCACCAGUGCCUGAGGAAACAGAGGAAGAGGAUGGAUCUCUUGAUUCAGAUGUGGACCAUGAAGUGGGGAGACCAUCGACGUCCAACUCUGCAACAGGACAAGGGCAUACAUGUAGACCACAAGCUUCAGAUGAUGAGGAUGACUCUGCAUCCAAGUUAGAACUGGAAAGUAGAUAUGCAGAGGAAAACAAGAAGAUUCAGAAAGAGCUGACAGGACCUUUUCAGGAUGACUCUGUAUCCAAGUUAGAAUUGGAAAGUAGAUAUGCAGAGGAAAACAAGAAGAUUCAGAAAGAGCUGGAUCUCCUCCGGAAAACAAAGGCAUCUGCUGGCGGCUUCUCAGCGACGUUUGUGCUGCUUGUCUUCUUGUUAGCUUCACUUCUGGGAUACCUGAUGUUCGGAAGCAAAGCUUAG